ACGCCGCCGCUGGGGAUAGCGGGGCGGCCCUGGAGCUGGGGCUGGGGCUGGGGCUGGGGCUGCUGCGCACCGGGGUGCUGGUUCCGUGGCUGCGGAGCUCCAGAGCUACUACUGAAUUUCCUCUGGAAGUGAAGUAGAAUUUCCUAAGAACAUAAUGGAUGGAGAAGAGAAAACCUAUGGUGGCUGUGAAGGCCCUGAUGCUAUGUACGUCAAAUUAAUAUCCUCUGAUGGCCACGAAUUUAUUGUAAAAAGAGAACAUGCAUUAACAUCGGGAACAAUAAAAGCCAUGUUGAGUGGCCCGGGUCAAUUUGCUGAAAAUGAAACCAAUGAAGUCAAUUUUAGAGAGAUCCCUUCACAUGUUCUAUCCAAAGUAUGCAUGUAUUUUACCUACAAGGUCCGCUACACUAACAGCUCAACCGAGAUUCCUGAAUUCCCAAUUGCACCUGAAAUUGCACUGGAACUGCUGAUGGCUGCGAAUUUCCUAGAUUGUUCAAUAAAAUAAAUUAUAAUAAA